AUGUGUGUGCGCGGACGCCUUGACGUCGUUGUGUGCGCGUGUAUAAGAGCAGACCGCGCGCCUGCACCGUGCACAGAGCUGCCUUUGCCUCCGCGGGAGAAAAGACCCCAGUUUCAUAGCAGACUUUUGGCACAGUCUCUCCAGGCGCGCUGCAUCCACUCCACGCCUGGACUGUUUUUACGCACAGGAUCCAAGUUCGGCUCCGUUCUCCCAAGAAGUAUGGAGGCGUACACGGUGGCCGGAGCCCCCCUCUCCUAUUCGGACCUGUACUCCAUGAUCCCCUACAACAGCACCUUCCCGGAUGACUACCCCGAGGCGCUGCGUAAUGACAGCGGGGGAGUGCAGCGAGGGAGACCCGUGCGCAGCGCUGGGGACAUGGCCAUAGCCAUCUCCAUCACCGCGCUCUACUCGGUGAUCUGCGUGGUGGGGCUGCUCGGGAACAUCCUGGUGAUGUAUGGAGUGGUCAGGUGA